ACAUUAAUCACCAUUAAUAAAAUCCAUAAAUCCACGCCCACAGACCCACCCACUUCAAAAUCCAACGGAUUUCUCUAUAUAUUCCUCUCAACCUAUCUUCCGUUUCUCAUCUCAUUCUCUCGUUCACAGCAUUAAUCUUCGUUUGGAAGUAAAAGAAGGAGGCUAGUAUGACGAGAACAGGAGGGACUCUGAACGCAACGGCGGCAACGCCGGCCGCGUCGGUGCAGCCGCACUCGCCCUGGCACUCGCCGGUGCCGUACCUCUUCGGGGGCUUGGCGGCCAUGCUGGGUCUCAUAGCUUUUGCACUCUUGAUCCUCGCCUGCUCCUACUGGAAGCUCUCCGGCUACCUGGAGGGUGACGACGACUCCGUCGCCCGUGAUGCCGAGGCAGGAGACGGAGCGGGUGGAGACGCCGUGAAGCCUCCGAUGGCGUUUGAGGAGAAGAUUCUGGUGAUAAUGGCCGGAGAUGUGAAGCCCACGUACCUGGCGACGCCCAUGUCCAGCAGGGCUUCCUCGUUCGGAGAACGCAGCAGUAACAACAGCGAAAUGACCGAGAAAUCAGAGGCAGUUGCAGAAUCGCCGAAACAGGGGAGUGAGAAUCAGGUACAAACCGGAAACGGGGAGUCCCGUGAAACAUGAGAUCAGAUCAGCGACUUUGAGUAGAGAGAGCUCGUAACUCGUAAUACACGUUUUGUUUUGGGACAUUGUGAGGGGUCUGUAUAUGAGCUUUUGCAUGUCGUGCUGCUCUUGCACACAAAUUUUCAUCUUUUUUUCUCUUCCUUUCUCUCCUUUUCCUAAUUCGGGAGAUGUAAAUCAUUGUGGUGAAAUGGAAGAAUGAAUACCGUAUAACAAUUUUUUUA